AUCUUCUUCUUCAUUACAUCAUGAACAUUAAUAACAACAAACCAAAACAAACCAAUACAAAAACCUUUUGACAUUUCAUUGAAAAGAUUUUCUGUGUGUGUGUUUUUUUGCUACUCAUAUUUUUUUUCUUGAUCUUUCAAAAUGGCCAUUUCAAAAAGUGUCAAUAACAAGAAACACCACCACCAUCAACAUCAUCAAUGUUACAUUUCUGUACCUUCAGAGAUCAUUAACUCACUAUCAUCUAACUCACUACAAUCUCUUCUUCUUUCACCAAAAAAACAAGCUUCAAAGCCUGCAACUUUUUCAAGAUUGAAGCUUUUCAAGAAUCCAAAAACAUGGUUUUUAGCACUUUUUGUAUGUGGGUUUUUUCUUAUGAUGAAGAUGUGGUAUAACUUUGAACCCUUUUCACAAAACCCAUGUGGGAUUACUCCUCAAAAAGACAAUGCCAAUGAUAUUAUGCAAUCUCAUCAUGAACAGGGUAUGGGGAUUACACUAAAAAAGGACAGUUUAAGUUUAGUCUCAAAUGAGGUUUUGAAAAAAGAUGAGAACUUGAAUGAGUUUUGGAAACAGCCAGAUGGAUUUGGAUAUAGGCCUUGUUUGGAAUUUAGUGAGGAAUAUAAGAAAACAAGUGUUGAGAUAUUAAAAGAUAGAACAAAGUAUUUGGUUGUUGUGGUUUCUGGUGGUAUGAAUCAACAAAGAAAUCAGAUUGUUGAUGCUGUUGUUAUUGCUAGAAUCCUUGGUGCUGCUCUUGUUGUACCUAUCUUACAAGUUAAUGUUAUUUGGGGCGAUGAAAGUGAAUUUGGUGAUAUAUUUGAUGUGGAAUACUUCAAGGAAGCUUUGGCAGAUGAUGUUAGAAUAAUCUCUUCAUUACCAUCUAACCAUUUGAUGUCAAGACCAGUGGAAGAGAAACACACCCCACUUCAUGUUUCCCCUCAAUGGAUUCGGGCGCGUUAUCUCAAAAGGAUGAGAAGGGAAGGCGUUUUGUUGUUACGUGGGUUGGACUCGAGGCUCUCUAAGGAUCUUCCUUCUGAUCUCCAAAAGCUUCGAUGCAAGGUUGCGUUUCAUGCAUUGCGGUUUGCACCACCAAUUCGUGAACUAGGUGAAAAACUCACUGAAAGAAUGAGAAGGAAAGGGCCUUAUCUUGCUCUUCAUCUUAGAAUGGAGAAAGACGUAUGGGUGAGAACAGGCUGUCUUCCAGGCUUGAGCCGGAAGUAUGAUGAGAUAAUCCAAAAUGAGAGAAAAAGUCACCCUGAGCUCUUAACUUCAAGAUCAAAUAUGACUUACCAUGACCGGAAACUUGCUGGUCUUUGCCCAUUAACUGCCUUGGAGGUCACACGGCUAUUGAAAGCUCUUGGAGUUCCAAAAGACGGACAAAUCUUUUGGGCAGGUGGAAACCCAUUAGGUGGUUCAGAAGUGUUAUCACCAUUGGUGACUGCAUUUCCUAAUUUUUACAGCAAAGAAGACCUUGGAUUACCCGGAGAACUAGAGCUGUAUGCAAAGAAAGCAUCAAUCAUGGCUGCCAUUGACUACAUUGUGUCUGAAAAUAGCGACGUGUUCAUGGCAUCACAUGGUGGAAACAUGCAACAUGCAAUCCAGGGUCAUAGGGCAUAUGCAGGGCAUAAAAAGACUAUUACACCCAACAAACGACAAAUGUUUUCAUAUUUCUUAAAUAAUUCUCUUCAAGAAACAGAGUUUAACAAGAUCAUACUAGGUUUGCAUCGGGAUUCUAUGGGACAGCCGGAAGUUAGAACUAGUAAAGCAGGACGUGACGUGACAAAGUUUCCAAUCCCAGAGUGUAUGAGAAAUGACACUUCUUACUGAAAAACAUACAAACGGAUUUUCUUGAGAGAUACGAGGUAUUCCUUGUGGAGACGAUUGGGAAGGGUACAUACAUAAUCUCAUUUGAUUCUUAGAGUUGAGGAGACACAAAUUGUUGGAAUGGGAGAUAUUCAUUGUUUCGUUUAUUAUACAGAUGUAGAUGUAUACUAGAUCAGUAAAAUGUAAAUAAAAGUUAUAGUACAUUAAUAAUAUACAGAGAAAUCAUCACAUUAGCCUCAAUUUUUGACAUAAA